CUGUACUUCCUGCUCCUGGGCUGUUCUCUUUCCCAUGGUCAGACAGGAACCUCCCCCUGGGUAAGUGAAUCCAAAACCCUCCCAGUUCUCUGUUCAUCCUUAUUCUGGGAUGUUGUCUUUCCCCUGGUCAGAGAGGAAUGUACCCCAAGGUAAGUGAAUGUAAUACCCUCCCUAAUUGCUCACACUCUACUCUGGAACCUGCCUGUUUGCCAAGUGGAAGGUGAUUAUAAUAUAAAUAUCAUGAACAUCCAACCUGCAGCUGUCGGGUAAUGCUGGGAAGUGUAGUUCUCCCCAUCCCAACAUACAGCACUGCUAUUGAACUGUAUCCCACAAUGCACUGCUGCUCCUUCAUAGAGAACUGGCCAUUUUGCUUCCAGUAACCUGUUAAAGUGUCAGCAGCUCCCUGGGCACCAUCUGUGAGACACAGGUAAUCUGACCUCCCCCUCUCAGGUAACGUCAGCCUGUGACUGGCUGGGGCCCCUCAUCUAUAAUACAUGGUAAUACAUAGGCACUCAGCUGCCCCACAGAAACACAAGACAGGACUGGGCCCCUACCAGCCAACAAAGUUCUACAGGUAAAUCUCUCUCCAGGUAAGUUUUGUUCUUUGUAUUUAGGGAUCUCUAUUGCUAAUUCCCUUUCCACCUUAAUUCUGCUCUUUGUACUGAAUCUCUAUUGCUAAUAAUUCCCAUUCCACCUUAAUUCUCCUCUUUGUACUGAGUCUCUAUUGCUAAUAAUUCCCAUCCCACCUUAAUUCUGCUCUUUGUACUGAGUCUCUAUUGCUAAUUCCCAUUCCACCUUAAUUCUGCUCCUUAUACUGAGUCUCUAUUGCUAAUAAUUCCCCUUCCACCUUAAUUCUGCUCUUUGUACUGAGUCUCUAUUGCUAAUAAUUCCCCUUCCACCUUAAUUCUGUUCUUUGUACCGAGUCGCUAUUUCUAAUAAUUCCUAUUCCACCUUAAUUCUGCUCUUUGUACGGAGUCUCUAUUGCUAAUUCCCAUUCCACCUUAAUUCUGCUCUUAUACUGAGUCUCUAUUGCUAAUAAUUCCCCUUCCACCUUAAUUCUGCUCCUUAUACUGAGUCUCUAUUGCUAAUAAUUCCCCUUCCACCUUAAUUCUGCUCCUUAUACUGAGUCUCUAUUGCUAAUAAUUCCUAUUCCACCUUAAUUCUCCUCUUUGUACGGAAUCUCUAUUGCUAAUAAUUCCCCUUCCACCUUAAUUCUGCUCCUUAUACUGAGUCUCUAUUGCUAAUAAUUCCCCUUCCACCUUAAUUCUGCUCUUUGUACUGAGACUCUAUUGAUAAUAAUUCCCAUUCCACCUUAAUUCUUUGUACUGCGCUUUGCACAGAGGGAUAUGCACUGAUAUUUGCACAUAGACCCCUUGGAGCCCUCCUGCAGUUGCACUAACCAGAGCAUUUGCCCCACGUUCUUAAAGGGACAGGAUGGCUUUGCAGCCAGUUAUACUGAUCUAGAUUUGCUUUACUACAGACUCAGUCAUGUUGGUCGCACAGUUUGCCCAUUUGCUAAUAGAAAUCCCCCCAAAAUCCUAUCAGUUUGGUCCUUAACUAUUUUCCUGCCCCACCUCCCAGGCAAGAUGGUGUCCCCCGCCAUAGCGUUGGCCUUCAUCCCCUUCAUCAUCACUCUGAUAAUCCGCUACCGUCACUACUUCCUCCUGUUCUACCGGGCGGUGCUGCUGCGCUGGUUCCAGGACUACACGACGGGGAUCCCGAGGGAGGAGAGGGCCCUCCAGUAUGUGCUGACCCACGGCAUCCCCGGCGACCCCCAGCACCUGCUCAACACCUUCGACCAGUACUGCACCCACUGUGAGCACCUCAGCAACAUUGGGCCCCACAAAGGGAAGAUUCUGAACCGGCUGAUAUAUGAGAAUGUGCCGCUCAAUGUGCUGGAGUUGGGCACCUACUGUGGCUACUCCACCAUCAUCAUCGCCCAGGCCUUACCCCUCGGUGCCCGACUCUACACCAUCGACUUCAACCCAACAAAAGCAGCCGUGGCAGAGAAGGUCAUACGAUUGGCUGGUUUUGAUGAUGACACGGUGGAGCUGCUGGUGGGACCCUCUGAUGAACUGAUUCCGCAGCUGAAGGACAAACAUGGGCUACAGAAACUGGACUUUAUCUUGAUGGAUCAUGGCAAGCGCUGUUACCUGCGGGACCUGAAGCUGCUGGAGGAACUGGGGCUCCUGCAGGAGGGAACCAUUAUUCUGGCUGACAAUGUGCUGUUCCCUGGGGCCCCCCAUUUUCUCCAGUACGUCAAGUCGUCGGGCAAAUACAACUGCCGAAUGCACAGGGGGAACCUGGAGUAUUUCCGUUAUAUUCGGGACGCCAUGGCAGAGCUGACUUACACGAAACUCAAAUGAGCCCCUCACACCCCUCUAGGGCCCGGCACAUGGACCCCCUUACUUAAAGCAGAGACACAAAGUCCUGGGGGGAUCAGGGGCCAUUGUAAUGUAUGAACCCCCCAGACUCCACUGACAUUCUCAUUUACCCCAUUCUGGCCCAUGUGCCCCCCCCCCCCGACACCCUUGGGUUCUGAUUAGUUACAGUCAGAGGAAAUGAAAUGUAUGGGGGCAAUAAAGGGUUUGUCUCUGAUACUGAACUGACUGUGUUUGUACAUUACUGGCCCAUGGGGCAGAGUCAGAUCUAUACAAUAUAUUUAUUUAUAUCACUGCUACAAGAACUGGGGCAAUUAUGCCUCCCCGGGGGCAGCUCAUGUUCAGUCUCUGGACUGUCCCUCUGAUUGGAGGAGAAGGUGCCAAUCAUACUCUAUACACCAAUCCUCAAUGCAUAUAAAGGAGGCCAUUGGAAAAGAUCUUUCAUUUCAAUACAAACGUGUAGAGCUGAAUUGUCAGAUAAACUGAUAGAAACAAUAGAAUUCUACCUGUAUCUGACCAUUGAAUAGUAACAACAGUAACAACAGUA